AUGGAUAUCCUGCGGCUGCUCUCCGUUGCCUACGGCGGGAGCAAAGAGGAGCGGACGGAGGCGACAGCGCAAUUGGAGAGCGCAGUGCAGUCUCCCGAUGGUCCUCGGCACCUUGUGACUCUUUUGCGUGCUGGAACCGAUCUGGCGUUGCCAGCGGAGCAAAGUCUCUCAGCACUUAUUUACGCCAAGAAUUAUAUUAUGGGCACCUUUGAUGAGCACAUUGCCGCCGCACCUGGCGUGCUAGAAGAAGUGAAGUCUCUCCUUUACCAUGGUGCCUUUCAUGCUCCGUCGACACAUCAGAAGAUCAUCCACACGUGUGUGGCCGGCAUCGUUAGUUCAUUUGAGUGGAACUAUCUUCCUCAGCUUCUGCCGGAGAUCACCCGGGAACGAACAGGUAUUCCCGUUGAACAUGCAUUAGCCUCGUUGAGACUGUUGUAUGUAUUCGUCAAGCGGUUUAAGACUCCGGGAUUAGAACCAAUGCCCAUGAAGCUAGUGGUUUGCAACUGUCUUCUCUCGGCACUUUCUCCUUUUCUCUCGUAUGGGGACCUGCAAGUCGAUCACAUGGUACUGAAGGCUAUGAAUUGCGUUGUGGAAACGGCGCUGCAAACAAAUCAAUUGGAAGAUGUCCCGCCAGAGGCGUUGAAUGCGUGGCUUUACGAAAUGGCUCAUUAUCCAGAGCGUCACUUUGUCGCGGCUUCUGAGGCGGCAGCGAGUGGAUUGCAGAACGUGUACGAAACAUACGUACGUUGUCUUAAGCAAAUUGCCAUGAUUUCCUUUUCUAUUUUGAACGACGCAACAAGAAAAAAGAACCCCUCGCCCUUGGCAAAGCAAUUUCUGGCGUCUCAUGCCUCAGUCUUCCUUGGGGUAUGGCAAAGGUGGUUGGAGUACGCUGCGACAUGUCGGGCGCGUGGUGUACACCACAAGACGGAUAUGUACGCUAUUCGCUAUAUCAAACUCUGCACAUUGGAUAGGACGCUUUAUCAGCAGUAUUUACUCCCGCAGCUGAUGCACGUGGUUGAAUCCCUCUUGUUUCCAUACCUAUGCUUUAGCGAGGAGGACGAACCGGCGUUUGCCGAUGAAGGUGACCUGUCUGAAUUUGCACAGUAUAUGAUGGAAGAGGGAUUUGAGCAGAGUGAGGUGUCGCAGAGGCAGGCUGCAUCCAACGCCAUUGUGGCGAUUGUUAGGGGCGAAAAGGAUUUUCACGAAGACCUCUUGCAGAAAGUGAUUGAAUUUCUCAUAGCAGGUCUCUCGCGGGAAGACAAUGACAAGACGUUUCCGCAGGCCUUUGGUUUUUUGCAUCUUUUAUCUAUAUUGAGACGACACUUUAGGCGGGUUCCUGAGAUAUGGGAAACGCAAAUGGCGCGGGUGCUUGUCACAUUUGUGACCCCGCGCGUUUUACCCACCGUUCCAUACAUUCCGCUGCGGUGCAAAGCCCUCGUCGUAUGCCAACGAUAUUCCAAGGCUCCUAUUCCCUCCGAAGAGGACUUUGCUGCUUUCACGCAACUUGUCUCCUCCCUUGUGCAGGAUGCUGAUUCUCGAAUUCGCCUGGGCGCCAUUGAUGCCCUUUGCACGUUCCUGGAGAUGAAGCGAGCGCUUCCGUAUGUUCGGCCGAUUCUUGUGCCGUUGGUUGAGGAAUGUAUUGGUUUUCUUAACCGCGUGCAAACAUCCUUUGUUCCCACCGCUCUGCUGUACUUGGUGGAGCAUUUUGCGCCCGAACUCACUUCAGUACUCGAAAAAAUUGGUAAGACGCUUAUACAACACUUUUUGGCAACGGCAUUUGAUCUGGCGCAGCAGGAAGAUGUGAUGGAUGAUGAACAUGUAUCACAGUAUUGGCGCACAGACAUGAGUGCAUGUGCGCUGUUGAACGCGAUAGAUACCAUCGUUGAAGCCUCUCGUCACCAUAUGGAGGUUUUCUGUAGCCUGAGGCCAGAAGUCCUGUUUUUGGCGAAGAAAGUAUUGGAGCAUCCGGAUGAUUUUGAGUUUAUAGAGAAGACUCUUGCUAUUUUGUUGAAUGUCAUCAAUUUCUCCAAGCCAAUCCCUCCCGAGUGCUGGAAUGUGCUUCCAUUGUUAUUUCAGUCUGUGGAUUCCGGUAUCGGCGUGGAUUUCUUUGUUGCCAUAGAAGAGGUACUUGACAGCUUUGUCUCGAAUGGGACGCUGGAGUUUCUGCGGAAUGCCGAGCUCAUGGAGGCAACAUAUCAGGCUUGCGAGAAGAUGUUAUUUAAGUGCGCCUGCGGUGUCGAUGAUCAGAUUGCCGUGCCCCAGUUGAUUGAAGCGAUGUUGCAUCAGGCAAAACAUUGUGAAGUCGCCCCCGGUUUGUUUGACGCGCACCUUCCCCGUUUUGUCGCGUUACUUCUGCGAGCUCUCGCAGACGACUCUAUUCGCCAAGGCGAGGUGCGUCUUCAGAUUUGGAUCAUUGCGGCACUGAUGGAUGCCCUUUACUACAAUGCUGCAGCAACCAUGCAAAUCAUAACCAGUCACAACGCAUACCCGCAGUUUUUUGAUGCAUUUUUUCACUUCUUCCGCGGCGCCAUUGAUCCGGCCCACGCCGCCAAGGGUGGGAAGAAGCGUAAGAAGGACACGGCGGCCGAAGUUGUUGAAAAUCUUUCUAUUCUCACACGUAAAGUUAUUGUUUUGGGGUUGACUGCCCUCUUGGAGGAAUUUUCCGCCAACUGCCACGGCAACGGGGGUGGCAGCAGCAUCGGCCUGGCCUCGUUUGACGUCUACGUCUCACCGACACUGGCCCUUAUUCAACACUGUGUUUUUGUCAACGAUGUUUUUCUUGCAUCACGCUGCCGCAUAACGGAGAAGAACCUGGAGAAGAUUCGACAGGGCGUCGAGGUGGAGGAUGUGUCUGAUGUCGACCUCAACGAUGAUGAUGUGCUUGGUAUCGAUGCUGGCGACGAAGUGGCAACUCUCGACGACGACGUCGAAGAAGACGAAUGGGAAGAUGACGGAGAAGUCGGUCACUGUCAAGACGAGGGCGAUAAUUACGAAAGUCCCAUUGAUGACGUGUGCGAGGUGACGCUCUUCCUGCAGUGGGUCGCAAAGGCGGAGUGCCUCGGCGGUGCCGUGCAGCGGCACAUGAAAACCGCCCUUUCAAAGUCGUUGCAGGAGUUCCGUGAGGCCGAAGCCACGGCGCUGCGUUACCGGCGCCUGGUGCAGGCGUUGGAUCAUGCGAAGGACGAAAAUUACGGGGCACGCUCCGCCGCUGCAGCGAAUUUGUAA